AGUAGUGAAUGCACCAUUGUGCUUCAUUGAGACCAAGCAGAGUAAAGAUGACUUCAGUAGGCAACCACUCUGUCCUCCAGGAGGUGGACCUCCAUAGUAAGACCAAUAAUGAGGAGCACCACACCAGUGAACUCCUUGGAGAUCAACUGAUCGUGCGGAGAGGACAGUCCUUUAAGAUGACCGUGAAAGUGACGAAGCCUUUUAAGCCCGACCUUCAUUCCCUCUUACUCACUGCCACAACUGGUGGGGCCCAGGGAGAGUACUCCUCUGAGGACCAGGGCACCUUGUCACGCUUCGGUAUCCCAGACUACCCCGAUCGUUCACCGACAGCAAAGGCCAUUUGGACAGUCCAACUUCAUUACAGCUCCUCGCUGACGUCCCUGAUCCUGCUCAUCACGCCCCCGACGGACACCCCCAUCGGAAAGUACACCUUGACAGGAAGUCUCUGGGAUGAGGAAAUACAGCUGGCCACGCUCGUGGUGCUCUUUAACCCCUGGUUCUCAGGAGACUCUGUCUUCAUGUCUGAUACAUUGGAGAGACAAGAAUAUGUGAUGAAUGAACAAGGAGUGAUUUACAGAGGAAGUACCGAUUACAUCUCUGGAAUGAACUGGGACUUUGGCCACUUUGAAGACGACAUGGUGGACAUUUGCCUCAUGAUUUUGGACAAGAACCUCAACUACACAAACAACCCAAGCAAAGACCUCGCCUCUCGCGGCAGCCCCAUCUACAUCGGCCGCGUGGUCAGCGCCAUGAUCAACAAUAUCGAUGACCCUGGCGUCCUGCAGGGCAACUGGUCAGACUCGUUUGAGGGCGGAGUCUCCCCUUCCCACUGGAGCGGCAGCCAUGAUAUUCUUUCUAAAUGGAUAAAAAAUGACUGCCACCCUGUUAAGUUUGGUCAGUGCUGGGUGUUCGCUGGCGUGAUGUGUUCAGUCAUGCGGCUGCUGGGCAUCCCCACCCGUGUGAUCAGCAACUUCCAGUCAGCCCACGACACUGAUGCCAACCUGACCAUCGACGUGUACCACCCGUUAGAAGGUGCCGAGCACAUCGAGUCAAACGACAGCAUCUGGAACUUCCAUGUGUGGGUGGAGUCAUGGAUGACGCGUCCCGACCUGAAUACAGACGGCAAAUACGACGGCUGGCAAGUGUUGGAUCCGACACCACAGGAAGUCAGCGAUGGCAUUUACCAGUGCGGCCCCGCCUCAGUCCUCGCCAUCCAUGACGGUGAAAUAAAUCUCCCAUACGACAUCCCAUUUGUUUUCGCCGAGGUCAACGCCGACUGCGUGGACUGGAUGGUUAAAUCGGACGGGACCAAGUUUUCCAUGUUUUCUGACACCAAGCGAGUUGGCAAGAAAAUCUCCACCAAGGCGGUGGGUUCCAAAGAGAGAGUGAACAUCACCCACCUCUACAAGCAUGAAGAAGGCUCCGAGGAGGAAAGGGCCGUCUUCAAGUAUGCCCUCGACAAUGACGAAGAGAGCGACGAGGAGGAGGAAGCGUCCGGGGAGACCAAUGAGGGUGAUGCCGUUCCACCGCCACUGCUGGUCAUGCACUUUGAGGAGGUGUCCAAGCCGCAGUACGGUGAGGAUGUGCAGCUGAAGCUGGUGCUGAGCAGCGACAGCAGAGUGGACAGGCAGAUGUCCGUUCAAAUCAGCGUGGAGGGAAUGAAAUACAACGGCACCUUGGUCCUCGUCAUUCUCACUGAGACCAAGGAGGAGACACUAAGGCCUGGCAAAGAGCUGUCCAUCCCCAUCCUGAUCCCCUUCCAGACCUACUACAAGCACAUGCACGUGUGUGACAGCUGGAAGGUGUCGGCCAUGGUCACAGACAUGCGACAUCCCGAUAAACCCUCCCAUGCGGAGGACAACGUGUUGCUGCAGGACCUCCCCGUCCACGUGUCGGUUACCGGCUAUGUCAGACAGUACCAAGAGGCGUCCGCAACAGUGUCUUUCAUGAACACCACCCCUGUGGCCAUGACGGGCAUGACGCUGGCUCUGUCUGGAAGUGGCCUCAUGAAGGAGGAGAUGAACCUGAGGCUUCCAGAUUUGUCUCCCAACCACCGCAUCCGCGUCACAGUCAUCUUUGUCCCCUACCGGGCUGGAGAGAAGACGCUGGUGGCCGACAUUCACUCUUCCAUUUUUAAAGAUUUCAAGGGCAACUGCACUUUCAAAGUUAAUCGCUUUUAGAUGCUUUUGUGUGUGUGUUUUUUUUGCUUUGUCUCCAAGAGAGACUUUGGACCUCAUUGAGAGUUGCGUGGCUUUCCUACUAAAAUAGACACAGCAGGCACAAGACAUUGAUACAACAUUGAUUAUACCAGUGGUGUCCAAAGUGCGGCCCGGGGGCCAUUUGCGGCCCGCAGGUAAUUUUUUAACGGCCCCACGGCACAUUCUAAAAAUACGAUUAAAAAAAAAUGUAAAACAUAAAAAGUGUUAUAAAAGAGCAAACAGGUGAAAUGUAACAAGAAAAUGUUGCAUUAUUUACCCUAAUAACACAAAGCUGCCAUGCAGGCAGUUUAUUUCUUUAAAAAAUAAUAAUGAAUCAAAAUCAAUGUCAUUAGGAAUUAUUGACCUAUUCAAAGCUCCAUUUACUUCACAUUAAAUAUUCCACUUUGAGAUAUUUUGGGGGGAAAAUGUUGCAUAUUUUUUGGUUGCCAUUUAAAUAAAGUUUUUUAAAGAAGGGCCUAAAACGGACAAACAAAAAACAUAAACAACAAUAAAACUUAUAAUUGACGGAUAGAUCUGAAGUUGAUCUUCAGACUAUUGUGGUAAAAGUUAAAACAAAUGUUGGAUGUAUUUUUUUAAACUUUACUGAGCAGUACCCUUUUGGAUCCCCAAUAAUUUUAGUGGGACUUUUUUUUUUUAAGUGUCAUUGCUCAAAAAAAUAAUGAAUUAAAAUCAAUGUUGUUAUGAGUUCUUGACCUUUUUAAGACUCCAAUUAUUAUAUAAUCUCAAAUAUUCCACUUUAAAAUUUUAUUGGAGGAAAAUAUUGCAUUUUUUUUUUUUUUCCAUAAAAAAACAUGGUUUUCCUUGACAAAAAUGGCAUACAACUUAAAUCUUUAAAAGCGCUAUAUUGACAGAUAGACCUAAUGUUGAUCUAGAGAUUCAAACCUUGAACAAUACUAAUAAUAAUAAUAAUAAUACUAAAUAAUGACACAUUUUUUAUAUUUUUUUUGACCAAAACCCUUUGGAUCAAGCCUGAGUGGAGGCCUAAAUGUAUCUUUUUUAUACAUAUAUUGUAUUGGUUUUUAAAAUAAAAAAUAUCAAAAUGGCCCCCGCUUGCUUUGAUUUUUCAGUGUGCGGCCCUCAGUGGAAAACGUUAGGACACCCCUGGAUUAUACAUACAUGUCCUCAAAAACUGAGUUAGAAACAACGUUGAAAAAUAGUUGUAGUUGUAAAUUGAGCCAAUUUUAAUGUCUAACGUUGGAUUCACGUUGAUUGGGAAAUGACCAAAUUUCAAUGGUCAAAUCAACGUCAGAACCCAACAUUGAUUAAAUGUCGUCAAAAAGCAUGUUGUUUCAACGUUGUAUGUGUUGUAAAAUAUUACUUGGGAAAUAACCAAAUUUCAAUGGUCAAAUCAACGUCAGAACCCGGCAUUGAUUAAAUGUGGUCAAAAAGCAUGUUGUUUCAACAUUAGGUUUGAGUUGCUCAACGUCAGGACCUAAUUCAGCAAGUUUUCAUCAUUGUUUUAAUGUCUUGUGCCAGGUGGGGACGUACGCUCAAAUCCUGUAAACUACGUACACAAGUAAAAAUGUGGAUGUGUGCGCACAUUUAUAUUUUACUUCUCAUCCAUCCAUCCAUUUCUACCGCUUGUCCCUUUCGGGGUCGCGGGGGGUGCUGGAGCCUAUCUCAGCUGCAUUCGGGCGGAAGGCGGUUUACACCCUGGACAAGUCGCCAGCUCAUCGCAGGGCCAACACAGAUAGACAGACAACAUUCCCACUCACAUUCACACACUCUGGCCAAUUUAGUGUUGCCAAUCAACCUAUCCUCAAUCAACUUGAAAUUGGUCUCAGAUGUCGGCGUGGCUUAGCAUGCCCAGACUAAAGUUAAAGUUAAAGUUAAAGUACCACUGAUAGUCACAUACACACUCGGUGUGGUAAAGUCACCCUCUGCAUUUGACCCAUCCCCUUGUUCCACCCCCUGGGAGGUGAGGGGAGGAGUGAGCAACAGCUUUGGCCGUGCUCGGGAAUCAUUUUUGGUUAUUUAACCCCCAAUUCCAACCCUUGAUGCUGAGUGCCAAGCAGGGAGGUAAUGGGUUCCAUUUUUAUAGUCUUUGGUAUGACUUGGCCGGGGUUGGAAAUCACAACCUACCAAUGUCAGGGCGGACACUCUAACCCCAAGGCCACUGAGACAUACACAAAUCAUAUUGGAAAGUCAGGGGCAGCCCGGUGGGAUCUUUCUGUGUGGAGUUUGCAUGUUCUCCCCGUGACUGCGUGGGUUCCCUUCGGGUACUCCGGCUUCCGCCCACCUCCAAAAACAUGCACUUGGGGAUAGGUUGAUUGGCAACACUAAAUAUGCCCUAGUGUGUGAAUGUGAGUGUGAAUGUUUUCUGUCUAUCUGUGUUGGCCCUGCGAUGAGGUGGCGACUUGUCCAGGGUGUGCAACAACACAUCAUCAGUAGGGUAAAACGAACCUGUCUCACGAUGGUCUAAACCAGGGGUCACCAACCUUUUUGAAACCAAGAGCUACUUCUUGGGUACUGAUUAAUGCGAAGGUCUACCAGUUAGAUACACACUUAAAUAAAUUGCCAGAAAUAGCCAAUUUGCUCAAUCUACCUUUAACUCUAUGUUAUUAUUAAUAAUUAAUGAUAUUUAUCCUUGUGGAAACACUGAUCAUCUUAAUGAUUUCUCACAAUAAAUAUAUAUAGAAACAGAUAAAUAUCAAUAUGCAACCCUUUAUUUUUAUAUUUUCUCUAAGUGCACAUUUUUCAAAUUGAACAUUUUCGAAUGAUCACUUCUAAGACAGUCUUGUGAAAUCACAAUAUCCCAUUUUAACUAGCUAGCCACUAACAUUUUUUAACAAAUCAUGAAUUACUUUGCACCAUGUUUGUACAAAUAAUAACUCAUGUAAAAUACAAAAGUCAACUCUGAAAUGUUUAAAUAAAUCAUGUCACACUUUGAACUGGACACCAAAUCUGUUAUCUGUUUCUUUGUCAGUUAGUGAAGUCCAGGGGCCGUACUUAUCAAGCUUCUUAGAAUUACUCCUAAGAAAUCUGCUAAGAGUUGACUUAAGAGUAAAUAAAUUCUUCGCUGAAAGCUGCACUUAAAAGUUAGUUAUCAAGCGUCUUACUCACACUUUCAGCGAAGUGUAGGACUGAAUCGUAAGUGUCACACUCAGAGCUGAAUUACGACAUUACUAUGUGCCGUAAACGGAAUUUUAGGUGACGUCAUUUCUGUGUCCAUAGAAAUGACCAAUCACGGAAGGGAAUCCGUUGUCUAAGAAUAAAGAAAUAUCUUGGAAAUAUUUAAGUGGACAAUGGGAGUGUAUAUUUUGACAAUAAACUGCAAAAUAAUACAAAACAAACUAGUCCCCGCCGGCACUCACGCU